AUGUCGGAAGAAGAGGCUGAGGGUUCCAUACAGGUGGAAGAUACCUCCGAAAAAGAGAAUAUCGAACCACCUUUAAAAAAGGCAAAGUUAAGAGAGGAUAAACACAUCGAUCGUCUCGGUAAACUCGAAGCUCGUUUGAGCGACAUUUUGAGCUGCACUGUUUGCCUUGAUUUGCCCAGUAAAUCGGUUUUUCAGGUAUUUCUAUCUUGCUGUUUGAUUAAAUAGAUAUUUGCUUAUUCGAGUUUUCAUACUUAUGUUCAGAAAAGGGUUAACUCCUGCUGUAAAUUAUUCCUUGGCUAGGCUCAACGCCAAUACCAUGUUUAUGGACUUCAAGUUAACGUUACGUUUUCAAUUCGCUUUCUUUUUCUUUCUUUUAGCUUAUAUUCAUUGUCAGGCCUUCAAUUAUUAUUUUUCUUUUAGCAGCGUGGACACUCCCUGUGUGUAUUCGAGGUUAAUUCGACAAGAGGAGGUCAAAAUAAUCCUUGGCAAUUUUCAUCCUUCGUUGACAUAUGAAUGCUUCCAACUAGCUACCCAGUUAGUUCGCGUUGAUUUGAAAAAUAAACAUUUCGUUGAAGGAGUUGAGGUUCAGAGAGUUGAGCAAAUAAGCUUGAAACAAUUUUUAUCGCAACAUUUUCGGUUUCUUCCUUAAUCUGACACAAAAUUGGUUUGCAUCCUUGAACUUAAUGUGGUCUACUGAAGCGUAAAAAUAUUGUGUAGAAUUUGCUAAACGUGCAUGUGAUAAAGGCGUGAUAGCUUCUGGAUGUUGAAGGUUGUCUAACUACCAUACAAAGAUCUUUUUUUGUUGUCCACGUGAGUAAUACGUGGAUGGCUUUUAAAGAUCCUGCGACGUUUUAGAAUUGAACCGAUCUUCCACUUGUAUUGGGUGCUAUUAAUAAUUAAUCACACUGUUUUGUUUUAAUAUUGUUAAUAUUUAAUGAUUUAACUUAAACUCUCAUAAAUAAUUUUCUAAACAGUAAUAUCUAUCUGCCUUUGCACAAAUAAAUCACACAACAGUCAUGGUGGCACAUGGUGAGAAGUAACAAACAAUAACAAAUUUAUUGACCGUUACAUUUGUUACUCUCUACUUGGUCCCAGGGUCCCUUGGGUUACGUAAGGUAAUGUUAUUACCUUACUAGGGAUUAAAGCAUUAACAUGUAUAUGCGAUGGUGUGUUAUAACAUCGAUGGUAUUAUUGUGGGUACAUCUUCUAUAGCCAAUGUAGUCAACAUUGUGGUUCUAAUAUUAUGGUAAAUUGCAUUCUUCUCUAACUUAGUGUCGAAAUGGACACCUCAUGUGUGCCUCAUGCUUCACUCACCUUCUGGCCGACAGCCGGCUUAAAAAUGAGCAGCCAACUUGUCCAAACUGCCGAACUGAGAUAAAUCGCAACAUCUGCUCUCGCAACCUAGCUGUUGAGAAAACCAUCUCUGAGCUUCCAACAGAAUGCUCACACUGCAGUCAGGAGUUGCCACGGAGCAGUUUACGAAAUCAUGAGGAGAAAGAAUGCCUGAACAGGUAUGUGACUUGUUUGGGUUUAGUUUUACUGAUCAGCUUGCUUCUUCAGUGUUUCAGUAUUGAAAUGCUUCACUUUUUGUGCAUCUCAGUCUUUUGCAGCUCAUUUUUUUCUUUAUGCAUUGAUGAAAUAAAAUAGUGAAAAAAUAGCUUGUUUGCAUUUUAUCUCUGACUGUGUGAUCUUCUCUGGGCAUGGGGGGUAGCAUUACGGUAUGCCAUGUGCGCCUUUUUUACUUUCACUUCAAUCUCCCUGAAACAUCUACCCUUUUCACCAACUUUUUCCCCUCCCUGUGCUUCGAACUGGCAAAACUGAUGUUUUUCAUGUUUAUCACAUGAAUUUAAAGACUCUUUGGUUUAUUUAUUCUCCGAAAACAACAAAUUUAAGUUGUUGUGUUACACGUUUGAUGUACUUAACAUAUUUCAGUUGGUAGAUUGUAUAAUGAAGAGCCUGCUUUAUGGUUGUAAAUAAUAAAUUAUUAUUUUAGAUCUUAAUAUGCCACUGACAAUGUAAGAAAACUGAUUAAUUAGUAUUUAAAUGAGUUGAGAAAUAUCCGGAACACUGCAUUACAGUGUACAAAUAUUAAUAAAAACAUCAGCCUAAAUAUUUUUGUCAUGGUGGUAUGAUAAUCUUUGAAAAGUUGAAUAAAACAAUUUUAAAAUGUUGAAUCUCUGUUUUGCCUUAUUUGUUUUCGGAGUGCUAACAAUAGAAAUAAAAUCUGGGAAUGUUUUCAGUAAAUGACUAGUUGACAUUUAAAGUUCAACAUACUGGGAUGUUAAAGAAAAGAGGGGUUUGUUGAUAAUUGUGUUUAUUAUUGUAUAAGGAAAUGGGAGUUGAUCUAUUGGUGGAUGCAUAAAUUUAAUGCUGAUUGUAGCCAGAGAUAACAGCUUACAUUUCACAACACCACCACUGGUUUCCCCUGCAAAAUGAUCUCUAAGAAACAAGCGCAGAAAUUACAUACUGAUGAUGCAUCACUACCCAGAUCUGGGUGGUGCUUGUAAUUGGUUGAAGCAAAUUUCCCAUGUAGCAUGACCAAUCAGAAGCACUACCCAGGUCUUGGUAGUGAUGCAUCAUCAGUAUGGAAUUUCUGCACUUGUUUCUCAGACAUCAUAAUUUCACAUGGAAACCAGUGGUGGCGCCAUGGAAUGUUGUCUGCUUUCUCAGGCUAUGUUGAUUGAAGAGUCUUUUAACAUGAGCAUUGAUCAAAUAGAAAAGCUGCCAUGCUUGCAUAAUUAUAUAAAUAUCGCCUUCUGCAAAAUAGUAAGACAUAAUAUUGUUUCACAACAUUAAAGAUGUGAUAAGAAAAACAAAAUUUGGAAUGCUUUUACCAAUAGAAGCAAAAUUUCUGUUUUCUGUGAGUACAUUCUAUUAACUUAAAAUGUCAACUGGUUAUUUUACACACUUGAAUUCGUCCCCUUCUCACACUCACACCCUAAGCUUUAAUCUGACACCAUCUGUGUAGAAAAAUCUGCACCUAGCUAUAUAUAGUUUGACAGUAUGUGGGGCAGAUAAGCUAAACACCCCCAACUUUCACCAGUUUUGACUACAUUUUUAUUUUGAUGAGGACUAAGAAGAAAAAGUCUGUUAAUUGUUUUUUUUUUUUUGUUUUUAAUUUUUGUCUCACAGUAAUAAUGUAGUAAAUUGAUGCAAUGUUUUGACUGGUAACCGGUGGCCGUAGAAAACAGCUGACAUUUUGCCAUGCCAAUACUGGUUUCCCCAUGAAAUGAUGUCUGGGGAACAACUGCAGAAAUUCCAUAGUUCUGACAUGUUAUUACUACCAAGAUAUGGGUAGCACUUUUGAUUGGUUGAAGCAAAUAAUUUCCCUUGUGGCAUGACCAUCAGAAGCACUACCCAGAUCUGGGAAUUGACAUAUCAUCAGUAUGGAAUUUCUGUGCUUGUCCCUUAGAGAUCAGCUCACAGGGAAUUCAUUGGUGGCAUAUGUGUAAAAUGUUGGCUGUUUUCUCAAGCUAGGUGACCAAAGGCUUUUAUCAGGUGAUGGUGUUGACUGGCUGAUCUGUAGAAGUAUUAAGUGGCACUGUGGUUGAUCAAUGAUCAUAAUUGCUGAUUUUCAAUCCUCAUUCUUUGUGCCAGAGGCUUUUUUCUCUGUGGUUCCACUCAAAUGCAUUGUAGCAGCAUCAACAGGGACAGUAUACACUCAGAAUCAGACACCAUAGCAGCCACUCAGUUACAUGGCGAAUUGCUUAGGAAACAGUUUCUAUCACACUUGAGUGAGGAUUAAAACUCACCAAUCACCUUAACUAACCAUGGUGCCACUAACUGUCCUGCACAACCAAUAUUAUGGAUAAUAUCAAGUGGUGAAACCCAAGAAAAGGGGUUGAAAGGGCAGAAUUAAAAACAAAGAAAUGAUUGUAUUGGAAACAUAUCAUAGAAAAAUUCUCCACCUUGCCAAAAGUUAAGAUUUGCCAUAUGGGUAUUAAAAACUAUCAUUUGCCGGACCAUCUGAUUUCUCUAACUUAUCUGUCAUUAUCAUAGUAUCUUAGGUGUGACAUGAAUAAAAACCUUGACAUAAUUUGGUGUCAAACAUGAUGACAACAAAACUUAACGUUUGAUACCAAAUUAGGUCGUUUUUUUGUAGCAUUGGCCUUGGAUGCAAUUGACAGUAAUGAAAAGUUGCAAUGUAAUCACUGUUGCAGCAGCACAUAAGCUAUGCUACGGCAAUAACAAAAUAAAAUAACUUUUUAGUUAUAUUUGUAUUUUCUUAAAAUAAUAAUGUCUCAGUAAUAUAAUACCAUAGUGAAAGGAUCUGUCAGUAAUUUAAUUGUAACUAUUAAGUAAAGUAAAUUUUGCUAAUGCCACCUCAAUGCUCUGUAUUAUUAUUUUAUGUGGCAUGCAGUAUUAUGUUUUAAACUUGUAUGUUUGCUUGUUGUCGUACUUUAAAGCUGUCUGUUGUUGUAGUGUAGUUUGUUGAUGAUGCGGGCUUAUUAGGUGUAAAGGUUGCGAUUGUUUAGGAUGUCAUGAAAAGUUGUUUUUCAACAUCCAAAAGUUGUCUUCAUACUAAUAGAACAGUGGAUUUGUUUUGGAAGUUUUACAACAUAUUUUGAAGCAUUUUUGGUUGAUGUCAUGAUAGAUGCAGUCACCCAAUAAAUUGACCACAUCUGUGUGUAAUCAGUUAUGUUUUUAAAGUUGUCAGGCUUUAAAUUCAAUCUUCAAAAAACCACCUUGUUUGAUAGGGAUCAGCUUUUCAAAGGAGGAUCAUUAUUAGCACAAUUCCAGUAUCAGUUCCCCCGUUAUAGACCCAGCUAGGCUUUGAACGUUUUGGUGCACUCAGUUUAUAAUUUUAUUCAUGACCUACCUUUACAGAAGAGAAGUGUGAGGUCACAAAAAUUCAAAUUUGUGAAAUUAUGGGCUUGGUUAGCAUAUUCAGAAAGAACCACAUGAAAAAAGCCUCCUUGCCAACAAUCAGCCUGUUGGUGCAAAUUGGCGAGGAGAUAUGAUACAAGCACCAGUUUGCUCUGAUGACUCCAUACAAUUCCUUCUAAAAUUGGCUUGGAUUGUAUUGUUAACCAUCCAGGACUUAUAUGGAGUUAUCGAAGCAUAACAGUGCUUUUACCUCCUCACCAGUUUGCACCAACAGCAUAAUUUUUAGCAAGCAAACAGUUUUCAAGUUGUUCUUUCUGGAUAUGCCAGCCAAUUCCAAAAUUUCACAAAUUUAGUUUUUGUGACAUCGUGACUUCUCCUCUCUAUUUAACUAAAGAUAUAUCAGUUUUUCCCGUGAAUGUUUUGUUUUUACCAAGCCCUUGUUAAAAUAGUGCCAUCACAAAAACCUCUUAUACAAUGUUAAGCCAUCAUAAUUUACCUUAGUGAAACAUGAUCUCAUAACUGUGGUCAAUUUUAUUACGGGUGAUUGUAUUACAUAAAUUCACAGACGUCAACUGCAGGACCCGAUGACAAUUUAGGGCUUAAAGCCAAUUUUCUCACAUGCCAACAAUAACAGUUCAAUCCCUUAUGUAGAAAUCUACCUUAAUUUGAGUUGGAUUAAAAUAAUGACCUUGGCAGUGCAUGGAAGAACAAUCAUACAAGUCAUGUAGGCUAAGAGGAAGAUUAAGUGUUAUUUAUAGAAAUCUAAGCCAGUUUGGAAAAGUUUUUAGACAGGAAGAUUACUGUUAAUGUUGGAGUAUUGCCAGAUGCUAUGUGCCUUCAUUUUUAUUUAACAAAAUAUUAUUAUGCAAGUCAUGUAGACAAAUACGUAGACAUUCUUUGUUCAGUUGUAAAAUACUAAAGAGUAAGAAUUCAAAAGGAAAGCAAUGGUACAGUAGCAAGUAGACAAUUCAUGUAACCAUCUUUGUUUUCGACCAACCACUCAAUUAAGUAGAACUGAGGAAGUAGUUAUGCAGUCAGUAUGGAUUUAUCAACAAGCUUAUCAAGAUUGCAGUUAUUAAUUCUUGGACUUUUUUACUUUCUUUUGACAGGUGGAAAACCCAACACCAGCAUCAUGCAUCCACACAAAUUUUAUUUAAUUCUAAAUAAAUUAUUUGCUAACAUUUUUGUCUUUCAGCCAAACUACACUUUAUUAGAAAAUUGCAAAUUAAAGCAUUGUUUUGUCUCACUCAUAUUUCACUUCCUUGAGACAGCACUAUCUUCCUCCCUACAGUUUUGAUUAGUGUCUUAUGCAUUUUCAGGCCUGUGCACUGCAAGUUCAAAAGAAUAGGUUGCCUGUGGCGCGGUCCAUUUCACAAGCUGAGGGAUCACGAGGAAAAGUGUGCACAUCCAGGCAUGACAGGAUUACAACUGAUGGAAUCCUUAGAAGUUGUUGAUAAAAGGCACAAGGAUGAGAUGGAACUCUUCCAAAACAUCGUUACAUUGCUGUCACAUGAAAAGAUUGCUAUAAAUGGUUAAUAUUCAAUUCCUUUGAUUUUCUUUAUCUCCUCUUUUGCGUUCAAAACAGCUCACUACAUAGACUACACUAAUCAUUGUUCUUAAUACAGAGCAAAAUUAACUGCAAUGGAUUUUAUAGGAAGCAGCAGGGGAGGGUAAUGUGGUUUGUUGCUCAAUGUUUGAUUCAUUAUCUUGAGUAUGUUUGUCAAUGAUUUGUUGUUUAUCUUUCCUUUCCUUUGUAGACUUUCACAAAUUAAUUCUUACUUAUUAAUAUUUUUUAUGAUGGGUUGUCACUGACUGUUGUUUCUUCAUCAUCUUUGUUGAUACUGAUUACGUUUUUGACUGUUCACAGUUUUUUCAGGCUUGGUUAGUACCAAUCCAUGGUGAGGCUGUGAAAACUACUUCACAAUAUUGUUACUAACACUCUUUCAACAAUAUAAGUUCACUUGAUUUGCACAGGGCUUGAAUAUUUUAUCUGUGUAUUGUUUACCAUUUUCAGCUUCUUGUAGGGGUAUUAAGGUGGUUAUUUGGAUAAGAAGCUAAUACCUCGUGCCCGUAGUCUCCUUUGCAGUGGUUAUUAGGGUCAUCAUGCAACGCUUCUCCCCAGUUAGUGGGGCGGUGCACUGCAUGAUGACUGUAAUAACAGCUGCAAAGGAGACUACAUGCUUCCCUGUCUCUUGACAGUUCCUAUGAAAAGCUGUGUUGCAUUUAUGAAAACAAUAUUGAUGUUCUCUCUCCAUCAUUCAAACAUACUUUGAACACAUCCCCAUCAACUCAUCCACAAUCUGGCAACACAUACAUUCCUACUAACCAAUUCAAGUUCACAAUCCUAUUAACAUCUGUAGACUUGCAGCUCAAGCCUUACCGCUCCGAUGACUAUAUACCUCAGCUCUGCUAUGAGAGCAGUCGUUUCAGUGCCCUGGGUCAACAGUGGGUUGUGAAGGCAAACGUUGUUGGAAAUGAGAAAACUGUGAAACGCAUCCUUACUUACCAACUUGUGCAGAAAGGGAAAACAAAUCUGAAUGUCAAGUUUCUGAUGCUCCAAAGCCCAUUCAGUGACUUGAUAAUCAAGCCGGAAGUUCACCAGCAGCAGUUCACUUGCGACGUUCAGGAAAGUGGUUACCAUGAUCUUAUUCUUUCAGACCCUCUGGAAUGCAAUAAGAUGCUGGAGGCCAAUUCUAUUAAGUUGAGGAUGAUAAUUUUUCAAAUUCCUGGCUCAGAUUGAGUUUCUAGUUAUGAAAGGUGUAUAGAAAUAAUAUAAGUUUUUCAGUUUCACUGUUAAGCUUGCAAGAAUGCAGUAUUAUUAUUUAAUGUUUUAGCAACUAUGAAAACUCAUGCAUGCCUUUUCUGUUUAAUUUACACCCUAAAACUCUUUUGGGUAUUUUUGAUUGGGGAUUUUUAUUUUUUCUUUAUUCUAUAGUGACACUUAUUUGCAAAGAGAGUUCUAUCAGAACUGCAGCACAUUUUAUGAUUGCGAUUUAUGGUAGUUUCCAGAAUAAUAACAUCUGUAGACAGGAACAGAAGGGUUUUAUGGAAUUUAACUCUGAGCUAUUAUUAUUAUUAUUAUUAUUAUUGUUGAAUUUGUUUAUAUAUUGACCAAAAAAAGUAGUGAAGAUACUCUAGAAGCGGCAGUUGAGAUGGAGUCUGCUCAUCUUAACUUAACAAACUCCGUUUUACCAAAGACCAGGCUCCAGUUGUUCAAAAGGUGGAUAGCCCUAUCCACUGGAUAAAUCACUAUGCAGUGGAUAAUGCUAUUAGUUUUCGUAAUUUUUAUUCAUUGGAUAGUGAUUUGUCUGGUCGAUAGCACUAUCCAACUUUUGAACAACCUGGAGCUGUUAUGAAAAAAAUUAUUGUUUUACCAGUUACAGUAAAAGUCUUACAACAUUUUGUUAGGUCUGGGUUCCAUUGUACCUUCUUCUCUAUCUUUAUUUUUUGUCUUUCAAGAAUUCUACAAACAUAUUUAUACACAAAAGAAACUGAAUCUGCUUCAAAGAUGUCUUUUCAAUCAUCAAAACAUAUACAGAGAAUUCAAUUUAUUAUUAACCUUGAUGUAAAUACUCUAUCAGUAUCUUAGUCAAUAUCAUUAGUAUAGAGAGGUGUGAUAGAUUUUACUGUUCCUAAUACUUCCUGUUACUGGAAUUUGUGUAAAAUUGCAGUCUAGCUUGUGUGAAUCUGAACACUGAUUAUGUAUAAGUAAAGUGUAAUUUAAGCUUGAUCAAAUCAAUUUUGACUGCUUGUAAAUAU